AUGUGGAAGAAGAAGACUCUUCUCCACCAUUCCGGCUCCAGGCCCUUCUCAUAUAGGAUGGAUGCACGGCGUCGGGGGGGGUCGAAAUUCCCAGAGAUCGACGUCUUUGGUGACGUUUAUGUUCGACCUGGGAAUGAGUUGGCCGAGUCCCUUCAUACGACGAUGGUGGAGAGGAGCCAGUUGGUUCUUCAAGAGUCCGCCUCCCAACUUCCUCUCAAGACUCCGAUCGAGUCUGUGGAUCCUCCGCAUGAUGCUGGAUUUCAGAUUUUGACGCAGACGUUGGAUCAGACUCUCGGGAGGAGGCCGGGAACGUAUUGUAGGGGGAUGGGGAAUGCCCGACAGAGGGAACCUCGACCGCGGUCAUCGUCGCAGGCAAACAGUCAGGUGACUGUUUUGACAUCGCGGGUUGCCGAGCUUGAGGGUCAGAUGUCGGUGAUUCUGCAGUCCCUCGCGCGGUCCGGCAUUCCAAUCCCGAAUUUUGGUGCGUCGACCUCCGAGCCCGUCCACCCCGAGCAUCCCCAGCACACCACGGCCCCUGCAGACGCCCAUACCUCCGAGCCGCAUGUGGCAGAUGACCAAGUAGAUUUUGGAACAUUAUUUGAUUAG